CGUCCAUCUCCUCCUCCUUUUCUCGCCUUGAUGAAAUGUAAAACCGGAUGUUGCACCGUGUAAGCGCUGGAUUGUGUCUAUAAUAUUGUAAAAUACCUUUCUGGAUUAUUUUAUUCGCAAAAGGAUGAAAUAUAUACCUGUACUUCUCUGACUACUAACAGCAAGGAAGCAACGAAGAAGACUCGUUUAUAAUUUGGAACGCUUUCCCGCGAGAUUUGGGCUCGUUCUGUUGUGCGAAUGCCACGUCUCGGCUGAGCAGCUACAGGUAGCAUCGUCAACCUGAGCGGAGGUGGCAACUCUUGGCCAGACAUAAAGAAACACUCCACGGAGAGGCAGUCGGUGGACAAACGGCGUGGAUAGUUUGCACUCUCUGGUCAUACUAUGGGGUGUCGACAUGUGCUGGCGGUGACACUGACCACAUCGGCAGUACUGCUGCUGCUCACCUCCCGUCUAUGCGACGCUCACGGCCACUCGCACGACGACCAUGGCCACACCCAUGGCCACCAUCACCAUCACGGCCACACCCAUGGAGAGCACCACGGCCACUCUCACGGCCCGGAGGUGAAGAUGUACCACGGUGCCAGCAAGUGGAGCGCCGAGGCCAACCUGUCACCAGGGGAGGAGGCGGAGGAAGACCACUGGCACGACCAUGGGCAUGCACACAACCACGACCAUGGGCAUGCACACGACCACGACCAUGGGCAUGCACACGACCACGACCAUGGGCAUGCACACGACCACGACCAUGGGCAUGCACACGACCACGACCAUGGGCAUGCACACGACCACGACCAUGGGCAUGCACACGACCACGACCAUGGGCAUGCACACGACCACGACCAUGGGCAUGCACACGACCACAACCAUGGGCAUGCACACGACCAUGGUCAUGACAAUGUUGUUUAUGAGGACAAGAGCGAAGAUGGGAACAGGCCUGGAUGGCUUAGGAGUGAUGCAGAGAAGAGGACCAUGACAGAACUGUGGAUGCAGGCCGUGGGCGCCACGCUGCUAAUCAGCGCCGCACCUUUCCUCAUCCUCUUCCUAAUCCCGGUUCAGUCCAACAGCGACCAGCACCAGAACCUGCUGAAGGUGCUGCUGAGCUUCGCGUCGGGCGGCCUGCUGGGCGACGCCUUCCUCCACCUCAUACCGCAUGCUCUCGAGCCACACUCCCACCACGGCGACCACGACGAUCACGGAGACCCGCACGACCACGGCCACUCUCACGGCGCCGCCCACGAUCACAUGAUGUCAGUCGGCCUGUGGGUUCUCGGCGGCAUCAUCGCCUUUCUGGUUGUGGAGAAGUUUGUGCGUUUGCUGAAGGGAGGACACUCGCAUUCGCAUUCACACGGCCACAACAGCAAGGAAAAGGACAGUGACGGAGAGGAGGAGAAAGUAAAAGAAAGCAAAGGCAAAGCGGCACCAAAGAAGAAGAAGAGUGCAGACAUCAAGGUGUCGGGCUACCUCAACCUGGCAGCCGACUUCACUCACAACUUUACAGACGGCCUGGCCAUCGGCGCGUCCUUCCUGGUGGGCCCAACGGUGGGCGCCAUCACCACGAUCACCAUCCUGCUGCACGAGGUCCCGCACGAGAUCGGAGACUUUGCCAUUCUGGUCCAGUCUGGCUGCACCAAGAGAAAGGCCAUGUGUCUGCAGCUGGUCACGGCCUUGGGAGCUCUGGCCGGCACCGCCUGCUCGCUGUUGGCGGAAGGCGUAGGCGCUGCCGCCACCGCCUGGAUCCUGCCUUUCACCGCUGGCGGCUUUGUCUACAUCGCCACGGUAACAGUGCUUCCGGAACUGCUGGCAGGUCGCUCCAGCUUCGGCCAGUCUGUGAUGGAGAUUUUUGCCCUGCUGUUCGGCGUGAGCAUGAUGGUUCUGAUUGCCGAGUACGAGUGAGACAUCACAAAAACUGGCAAGAUUAAAACACUUUUUAAUUUGUUGUCUUUGGCGGCAUCUCUUAUUUGUGACGGUUUCUUUUUUCUAAGGGAAAAGCAUCAUGCUCUUUUUUUUUUUUAUGUUAAGCACACAACCGGAUGGACACGUCUUGACAGGACAUUGAGCACGUCCAUCCAACUGUUCCUCACUGUGGUCACGGGUAAGCUGGAGCCUACCACAGCUGACGUUCAUGUUGUCAUGCAAAUUGUUACGCAUUUUAUGCUUUUGUGUCUCAAGCAGAAGUGGACAGAAUUCACGUUCGAGGUCAAAAGUAUUGAAAGCGCCUCAGUUAUUCUUGUACACGUGAAGUUUGGUUGUCCAACAAUGCUUUGCAGAAAGCUUGUGCGGCAACGUCUGCGACUGUGACCAACAAUAAAGGCUGAUUCAAAGUUG